GCAUGGAGGGGCCACUCACUCCGCCCGUGGGGUCGCGGCCUCUCCCUUCGCCGCCGCUGCAGGAAGGCGGAGCCGCCGCUGCUCCGGAGCCCGGAGCCCGGCAACACCCGGGACACGAGACGGCCGCGCAGCGGUACAGCGCCCGCCUGCUGCAAGCGGGUUACGAGUCCGCGAGCGACUUCCUGAUUCUCCCAGGCUUCAUAGACUUCAUAGCUGAUGAGGUGGACCUGACUUCAGCCCUGACUCGGAAGAUCACGCUGAAGACGCCACUUAUCUCCUCCCCCAUGGACACUGUGACAGAGGCUGACAUGGCCAUUGCCAUGGCUCUGAUGGGCGGUAUUGGUUUCAUUCACCACAACUGCACCCCAGAGUUCCAGGCCAACGAGGUGCGGAAAGUCAAGAAGUUUGAACAGGGCUUCAUCACAGACCCUGUGGUGCUGAGCCCCUCACACACGGUGGGGGACGUGCUGGAGGCCAAGAUUCGGCACGGCUUCUCUGGCAUCCCCAUCACCGAGACGGGGACCAUGGGCAGCAAACUGGUGGGCAUUGUCACCUCCCGGGACAUCGACUUCCUAGCCGAGAAGGACCACACGACCCUCCUCAGUGAGGUGAUGACGCUGCGGAAUGAGCUGGUGGUGGCCCCAGCAGGUGUGACACUGAAAGAGGCAAAUGAGAUCUUACAGCGCAGCAAGAAAGGAAAGCUGCCCAUUGUCAACGAUCAUGAUGAGCUAGUGGCCAUCAUUGCCCGCACCGACCUGAAAAAGAACCGGGACUACCCUCUGGCCUCCAAGGAUUCCCACAAGCAGCUACUGUGUGGGGCGGCUGUGGGCACCCGUGAGGAUGACAAAUAUCGCCUGGAUCUGCUCACCCAGGCGGGCGCCGAUGUCAUAGUGCUGGACUCGUCCCAGGGGAACUCUGUGUAUCAGAUCGCCAUGGUGCACUACAUCAAGCAGAAGUACCCCCACCUCCAGGUGAUUGGGGGGAAUGUGGUGACAGCAGCUCAGGCCAAGAACCUCAUUGACGCCGGUGUGGAUGGGCUGCGUGUGGGCAUGGGCUGUGGCUCUAUCUGCAUCACCCAGGAAGUGAUGGCCUGUGGUCGGCCCCAGGGUACUGCUGUGUACAAGGUGGCCGAGUAUGCCCGGCGCUUUGGGGUGCCGGUCAUAGCGGAUGGCGGCAUCCAGACGGUGGGGCACGUGGUCAAGGCUCUGGCCCUCGGAGCCUCCACAGUGAUGAUGGGCUCCCUGCUGGCCGCCACCACGGAGGCCCCUGGCGAGUAUUUCUUCUCGGACGGGGUGAGGCUCAAGAAGUACCGGGGUAUGGGCUCACUGGAUGCGAUGGAGAAGAGCAGCAGCAGCCAGAAGCGAUACUUCAGCGAGGGUGAUAAGGUGAAGGUUGCACAGGGUGUCUCGGGCUCCAUCCAGGACAAAGGCUCCAUUCAGAAGUUCGUGCCCUACCUCAUAGCGGGCAUCCAGCAUGGCUGCCAGGACAUCGGUGCCCGGAGCCUGUCUGUCCUGCGGUCCAUGAUGUACUCAGGGGAGCUCAAGUUUGAGAAGCGGACCAUGUCGGCUCAGAUCGAGGGUGGUGUCCACGGCCUUCACUCUUACGAGAAGCGGCUGUACUGAGGACACUGGUGGAGGCCGAGGCAGCGGAGGGGGCACGACCCAGGGUCCCCCUUUGGGCACAGCUCCCCUCCAUAACUAAGCAGUCCAAGAUUUGCACUACGGGUUCCCCAGUUCCUUUCCAGAGACAGAGAAAGGAGGCCCUCCCUGGGCGCCCCGCCCCCCCACCGCGAGUCAGGACUGCUCCCUGGGCCCCCCGCUGCCCUGGGUCCCCCCAGGUGGCUCCUUCUUCAGUUCCCCUGAGCCCAGUCAGCCUAGGCUCUCAGGCCCUGUGCCUGCCUCAGGUCUUUCUUGCUGCAGCCUGCUCGGGCUGGCUCCCACCCCUGGGGCCUCUCCUGGCUUCUCCUGUAGGGCACCUCACUACCCCCCCACCCCGCCCCGAUCCCCAGAAAUGGUGCUCUCCUGGCCCCGCCUCCGGCCCCUUCCUGGGCUGCUGCCUCCUCAGCCAUGUGGCACCUCUGGGCUCCUGACCUAGGCCGGAGGGAGGCCUCUGCCCCCUUCCCCUGGCCCUAGGCCCCUGGCCCUGUUCCUCAGGCCACUCCCCUUGUCACCGUCUCUGCCAAGGAGGCCGCCAUUCAUUCCGGACACCGCUGCCCCCAGGUGUACCAACCCUGCCCUCUUCUCUCAGCUACAGUGGAAGGCUUUAACUGCACACUUUGGGGUCACAGUUACGUCAUUGUAUAUUAAAUAAUCAGAAUAAAUCGAGAGGUCUCAAGGCCUCUGCCCUCCCGUUGA